AUGGCGGAGGAGAAGCAGGAAUUACAAUCCAGUGCCGGUAAAAAGAGACCGAGAGAGAGCAAGCCUGCUAUAGAUGACUCUGAACUUCUCACAGUCCCAGAUGGCUGGAAGGAAGAACCUUUCACUAGAGAUCAUAAUCCUAAAGGAUUGCUGGAGGAGAGCAGUUUUGCCACGUUGUUUCCCAAAUAUAGAGAGGCUUAUCUGAAGGAGUGCUGGCCUUUAGUGCAGAAAGCACUAGGGGAAGGUUUUGUGAAAGCAGAAUUAGAUUUAAUUGAAGGCAGUAUAACAGUUACCACUACCAAAAAGACAUUUGACCCUUAUAUUAUUGUAAGAGCAAGGGAUAUGAUAAAGCUGUUGGCCAGAAGUGUACCAUUUGAGCAGGCAGUAAGGGUUCUCCAAGAUGACAUGGCCUGUGACAUUAUUAAAAUUGGCACUUUAGUUCGAAACAGGGAAAGGUUCAUUAAAAGGAGACAGCGGCUUUUAGGACCUAAGGGAUCUACUCUGAAGGCCCUGGAGCUUCUCACAAACUGUUACAUAAUGGUUCAGGGAAAUACAGUAUCUGUUCUUGGACCCUUUAAUGGCCUUAAAGAGGUUCGAAAAGUUGUUCUGGACACCAUGAAGAAUAUCCAUCCUAUAUAUAACAUUAAGGCUUUAAUGAUCAAACGCGAGUUGUCAAAAGACCCAGAUCUGAGAACAAAAAGCUGGGACAGGUUUCUGCCAAAAUUUAAACACAAAAAUGUGAGCAAGAGGAAAGAACCGAAGAAAAAGAAAAUCAAGAAAGAAUAUACACCAUUUCCACCACCACAGCCAGAUAGCAAGAUUGACAAAGAACUGGAAAGUGGAGCGUACUUCCUGAAAAAAAGUCAGAAGAGGAAAAAGAAACUGGAAGAAAUAAAAACCAAACAAGCAGAAGCUGUGUCUAAACGGCAGGAAAAGAGAAACAAAGCGUUUAUACCACCAGAGGAGAAACCAGCAAUAGAGCCUCAGAAAGGGCCCACUUCCACCAAAAUUGAUGUGAAUGCCAUUAAAGAAAAAGUAAAGAAAGCAAAGGGAAAAAAAAAAGCUUGGUGCUCUUCCAGAAGCAGAAGUAAAACAAAAGUUGUUAACAUCUGACAAGAAGAAAAAGAAAAAAUGA